AUGACGGAAAAGGCCUUUAAAGAGGCCUGUGUCAAGCUCAUACAGCUGAAAGGACCCGUGAGUGACGUGGAAAAGCUGAAGAUAUACGGCUUCUACAAACAAGUGACCGUGGGGGACAUCGACAUCCCCCGUCCUUGUGAGACAGACAUCAGAGGCAAGGCCAAGUGGGAUGCUUGGAAUAGUUGCAAAGAGAUGGCCAGGGAGGAUGCCAUCAAGGCUUACAUAGGUAAAGUGGAGGAGGUGGCACAGAAGCAGAGUGGCUAG